CAGGAUGCUCAUGAUUGACUAUGGUUUAGGUUUAUAGAUGAACGGAUGAAUAGAUAGAGCAUUAUUGAUAUCCAGUCGGAUGAUAGAAGGAAUUAAAUCUAAGGGAAAAUGCCUGGGCACAUGCUGAAUGCAGCUGAAAGUAUCUUGAACACCAUAGGGGAAAACAUCACCAAAAAUGUCCCAAAGCAAAUAUCUGUGAGAUACUCAGAAGAGCAAAACACAUUCUCCACCAAUAAGAAUAAACUACUUGGACACCAGAAGUCUAUUCAUCAGAUUUUGGGUGGUGGAAAAUCUGCUGAUUUUUUGUUGUGGAGGAACAAGAAGAUAUCAUCAAGUGUUCUGACUGGUGCAACAGCUACCUGGGUUCUCUUUGAGUGGCUUCAAUAUCAUAUUUUAACAAUCUUUUGCCUUGUUCUUGUAAUUGGAAUGCUUAUUCAGUUUCUCUGGUCCAAUUUUUCUGACGUGUUAAGCAGGUCUCCAUCUCAAGUGCCUCGCCUUGUUUUGCCUGAGAAACUGUUUAUAAAUGUUGCCGUUUUUAUUGGUGCACAAAUCAAUCAGUUUUUGGGAUUCAUUCAAGAUGUUGCAUGUGGAAGAAACUUGAAAAAAUUCCUUGUGGUUGUUGCAAGCUUGUGGGCUGCUGCUGUGAUAGGGAGCUGGUGCAAUUUUCUAACUCUUCUUUACAUUGGAUUUGUUUGUGCUCACAGUCUGCCAGUUGUUUAUGAGAAAUAUGAAGACCAAGUUGAUGACUUUCUGUACAACCUUAUUGGGCAGAUGCGGAAACGAUACCACAAGGUGGAUGCAAGUGUUUUUAGCAAAAUAUCUAAAGGAAAACUUGAAUCACAUAAGAAUGAGUAGACUUGACUAGUUAUUCUUGUUUGCUUGAUUUAUCUGAACAAAAAGUGGGUUGGUGAUCCAUUGUCAAAAACAAAGUAGACAAUUGGAAGGAAUGUCGAAUGGAUGUAAUUUGGAAACGAAUAUGUGAAUCUGAAUAAUUCAAGAACAUAAUGCAGUACCUAGAAAAUUUCAAGUUCA